GAUGCAGCUUUUUUCUGGGCUGCUUUUUGCAGUUGGAUUGUGGGUGUGAUUAUUUUUUUUUUUUUGUAGAAAUUAAGGUAUUUUAGAUGUGUAGGGCAUCAUUGACUGUUUGGUUGUAUGUCACAUGGUUUCUCACUUGAGGAGCACCGUUGCAUUGCCCUUUGGGUAUAUUAUAUGGAUUACUAUUUCUUUAGUACAUUUUACUGUGUUUUGAUGUGUAUAUUUGUACAAGUAGAAGGGUUUAUGUGUAUUUAAUGCCAAAGAUUUAGUUUUUAUUUUUACAACUUCAUUUUAUUGAAUAAUUGGAUAUGUGAAAGUUGUUCUCUGUACCUCUAGAAUAUGCUUCCGCUGCAAACACAUAUUUUGAAGACAACUGGAGGAUUUUCGACGGCCGAUUCUGUUGCUUUUGUAGAAUCAUAUGUUUAUUUGAACUAACACAUGAUGUUGCAAAAUUGUUAUCCUGAUCUCCUCCUUUGUGGGAAAGGUGGGUAGGCAAAUAAUCAGUGAUAGCAUACGCAUCAUAUGGCACCAGUAUUUUUAGUGUAGGAUCAUGGAAGUGCUCCCUUGUUCUACCAUUCGUGUUGGACAAUCUGAUUGCCCUCAACAGAGUUCAUCAACCCCUUCUGUAUAUGACGGCGAAUCCAACUGCCUUGAACAUGAAAAGAAAGUGCAAGUGGCAGAUGACAUAUUGCCAAAUGUGGAAGGACCUCAAUUAGGAAGACAAGGUGAAGUUCAAGGGGCAGUUGAUGAAUUGCAUACUUCUGAUGGAUGUCAAAAUGGAGCUUCAGUUAUUGAUUGUCGUCAAUUGGAGGGUCAAAAGUCAUCUAGUGGCUCGCAAGAUUUUGAUGAUGAUGACAUAAAUGCACAGAAUUACAGUGAACCCUGCGUAACCUCUGAUAACAGUCAUAUGAUUGUAGACAGCAGGGAAAGUGCAUUGCCAAACAACAGUAGGGAAGGAGAGUCAUCUCUGUCAGAGUCUGCAUGGCUAGAAAGUGAUGAAUCUGUGGCACUGUGGGUCAAGUGGAGAGGGAAGUGGCAGACAGGAAUACGGUGUGCAAGAGCUGACUGCCCAUUAUCGACUUUGAGAGCAAAACCAACUCAUGAUAGGAAAAAAUAUUUUGUGAUAUUUUUUCCACACACAAGGAAUUAUUCUUGGGCAGACACACUACUUGUUCGUUCCAUUGAUGAAUUUCCACACCCUAUUGCAUAUAAAACGCACAAAGUUGGCUUAAAAGUGGUUAAAGAUUUGACCAUAGCACGUCGGUUUAUUAUGCAAAAGUUAGCUGUUGGAAUGCUGAAUGUUGUUGACCAAUUUCAUACUGAGGCUUUGAUAGAGACUGCUCGUGAUGUGGCUGUCUGGAAGGAAUUUGCAAUGGAGGCUUCUCGUUGCAGUGGCUAUUCUGAUCUUGGAAAGAUGCUUCUGAAGCUGCGAAGUAUGAUAUCACAGACCUACCUAAAUUCUGAAUGGCUAGAACGUUCAUAUAACUUUUGGUUGCAGCAGUGUCAGAAUGCGAGUAAUGCUGCAACCAUUGAAGUACUUAAGGAGGAACUAGUUGACUCUAUUCUCUGGAAUGAAGUCCAGUCUCUCCAGAAUGCACCAUUGCAGCCUACAUUGGGUUCCGAGUGGAAAACAUGGAAGCAUGAAGUUAUGAAAUGGUUUUCAACCUCUCAUCCCACAUCGAAUAGUGUAGACUUUCAACAGCAGACUAGUGAUGGUCCCUUAACCCCAAAUCUCCAAGUUGGCAGGAAAAGGCCAAAGCUCGAAGUACGUCGUGCGGAGGCAAAUGCUUCCCAGGUGGAAUCUAGGGGAUCAGAUGAAUCUAUAGCCAUUGAAAUUGACUCUGAAUUCUUUAAUAAUCGAGACACUUCAAAUGCUGCUACAUUAGCAUCAGAACCCUAUAAAAAAGAAGAUAUGAAAGAUAUAGCUGCACCAACAGACACACCUGGGCGAGUUGCUGAUAAAUGGGAUGGAGUAUUAGUUGAAGCUGGUAAUUCUAAGUUCAUCCAAACCAAAGAUGUGGAAAUGACACCAGCCAAUGAAGUUGCUGCCAUAAGAUCUUCUGAGCCUGGAAGCAAAAAUCGACAUUGCAUUGCUUAUAUUGAAGCCAAGGGAAGGCAAUGCGUGAGGUGGGCAAAUGAUGGUGAUGUUUACUGUUGUGUACAUUUGUCCUCUCGUUUCAUGGGAAGCUCUACAAAAGCUGAAGGGUCUCACUCGAGUGAUCAACCACUGUGUGAAGGCACAACUGUCCUUGGAACUAGAUGUAAGCAUCGGUCUUUACAAGGCUAUUCAUUUUGUAAGAAGCACAGACCAAAGAAUGAUAUGAAGACCAUCUCAAAUUUUCCAGAGUAUAAACUUAAGAGAAAGUUUGAGGAGAACAUUUCUAAUUUAGAGACUACAAACUGCAGAGAGAUGGUAUUGGUCGGAGAUGUUGAAAGUCCUCUACAGGUAGAUCCUGUCUCAAUUGGGGCUGGUAAUGCCUUCCGUGAAAGAGGGAGCUUAUUUGAGAAGUCCGAGUCUCCUGCCAAAGCUUGUAAUACAACAGGAGAGCAGCGCUGCAUAGGGUCUUGUUUCUGGGAUGACAGCAACCCUUGCUUGGAAAGUCCAAAGAGGCAUUCAUUAUAUUGCGAAAAGCACCUCCCAAGCUGGCUCAAACGUGCAAGAAAUGGUAAGAGUAGGAUAAUAUCAAAAGAAGUUUUUGUAGAUCUUUUGAAAGAUUGUCACUCACAGGAGCAAAAGUUUAAUUUACAUCAAGCGUGUGAGCUCUUUUACAAGCUCUUUAAAAGUAUAUUAUCUUUAAGAAACCCUGUUCCUAAGGAUGUACAAUUUCAGUGGGCCCUAUCUGAAGCUUCUAAUAAUCUUGGCGUUGGAGAAGUAUUCACAAAGUUGGUUUGCACUGAAAAGGAGAGACUUAGAGGGAUUUGGGGCUUUAAUGAUGAUGAAGAUGCACAUGUUGCUUCUUCUGCCAUGGAAGAACAAGCUCUGUUGCAAUGGACUGGGGAUGACAACGAACAAGCUAUGAGGUGCAAAGUUUGCUCACAGGAGUUUUCGGAUGACCAAGCACUUGGAACUCACUGGAUGGACAAUCAUAAAAAGGAAGCACAAUGGCUGUUUAGAGGUUAUGCAUGUGCUAUCUGCCUGGAUUGUUUUACUAAUAAGAAAGUCUUGGAAACUCAUGUUCAGGAGAGACAUUGUGUGCAAUUUGUUGAACAAUGCAUGCUUUUCCAGUGUAUUCCUUGUGGAAGCCACUUUGGGAAUACAGACGAGUUAUGGUUGCAUGUGCUUGCAGUUCAUCGUGAUAAUUUCAGGCUCUCAAAAGCUCCUCAGCCUGUCCUGUCUGCUGGUGAUGUUUCUCCAAGGAAGUUUGAGUUAUGCAAUUCAGCUUCUGUGAAGAAUAACACUGAGAAUGUAAGUGGUCAACGAAAGUUUGUUUGCAGGUUUUGUGGGUUGAAGUUUGAUUUACUUCCUGAUCUUGGUCGUCACCAUCAAGCUAUUCACAUGGGACCAAGUUUAGCCAGUUCUCUGCCUUCAAAGAAGGGGAUACGUUAUUAUGCUUAUAGAUUAAAAUCUGGGAGACUUAGUCGUCCUAGAUUGAGAAAAAAUUUGGCAGCAGCAUCAUAUAGGAUCAGGAAUAGGGCAAAUGCUACUAUGAAGAAACGUAUUCAAGCAUCAAAGUCACUUGGUACCGGAGGAAUAAAUGUACAGCGUCAUGCAACUGAGGCAGCAAGUCUGUCUAGAUUAGGGGACUCACAUUGUUCAGCAGUAGCAAGAAUUCUGUUUUCUGAGAUGCAGAAAACAAAAUGUAGGCCGAGUAACCUAGACAUUUUAUCUGUUGCUCGCUCUGCUUGCUGCAAGAUCAGUCUCAAAGCCAUGCUGGAGGGACAAUAUGGAGUCCUGCCAGAAAGUUUGUAUCUAAGGGCAGCCAAGCUCUGCAGUGAGUAUAAUAUUCGGGUAGAUUGGCAUCAAGAUGGCUUUAUUUGCCCUAAAGGAUGCAAAGAAUUCAAGGAAUGCUUUGUGUCUCCGGUGAUGCCUCUUCCAAUUGGUACUGUGGGGCAUAGAUCUCCACCUUCAUCAGAUCCUCGUGACGAUAAGUGGGAGGUGGAUGAAAGCCACUAUCUUAUUGAUGCACAUCACUUGAGCCAAAGAUCCUUCCAGAAGGCUCUUGUCUUGUGUGAUGAUAUAAGCUUUGGGCAGGAAUUGGUCCCGGUGGUUUGUGUAGCAGAUGAAGACCAAUUGGAUUCUUAUCCUGCCCUUGCAGGUGGUUCUAAUGACCAAAAUGCUGGUGAUUCCUUGCCUUGGGAGGGCUUUACCUAUAUUAUGAAGCCCUUGCUUCAUCAAUCCCUGGGACUCAAUACAGAGAGUUUGCAAUUGGGGUGUGCAUGCCCGCGUUCUACAUGCUGUCCUGAAACAUGUGAUCAUGUUUACCUUUUUGAUAAUGACUAUGAUGAUGCAAAAGACAUCUAUGGGAAAUCCAUGCGUGGCAGAUUCCCAUAUGAUGAGAGAGGUCGAAUUAUCUUGGAGGAAGGGUACCUCGUUUAUGAAUGCAAUCAGAUGUGCAGCUGCAAUAGAUCUUGUCCUAAUAGGGUUUUGCAGAAUGGAGUAAGAGUGAAACUGGAAGUCUUCAAAACAGAUAAAAAGGGAUGGGGAGUCAGGGCAGGUGAAGCAAUUCUCCGCGGCACAUUUGUUUGCGAGUACAUUGGCGAGGUUUUAGAUGAGCAUGAAGCAAAUGAGAGGCACGACAGGUAUGGAAAAGAUGGUUACGGCUACUUACAUGAAAUUGAUGCUCAUGUUAAUGAUAUGAGUAGAUUGGUCGAAGGACAGGCCCAUCAUGUAAUUGACUCAACUAAUUAUGGAAAUGUUUCAAAAUUCAUCAAUCAUAGCUGCUCGCCUAAUCUUGUGAAUCACCAAGUUCUUGUGGAAAGCAUGGAUAGUUUGCGUGCACAUAUUGGUCUCUAUGCGAAUCAAGAUAUAGCGUUGGGGGAAGAAAUAACAUAUAACUAUCGAUAUAAACAUCUUCCUGGACAAGGACAUCCGUGCCAUUGUGGAGCUUCCGUGUGCCGGGGGCGACUCUAUUAAGCCUUGAAUGAGAAUAAUCUCCUGCAAUCUCAGCAUACACUUGCCCGCGCUUCAAUAAUGAAAAGGCAGUUUGUGAAAAGAGAAUAAUCUCCGCAUCCCCCCCAGUGGUGAGUUCUCAGUCAUUGCCGUUUAUGAUCCAACCGUUGAUAAUAAAACGGAUCUUGGAUCCAGCUGAAAGUAAAAUUGACUGAGUCGUAACAGUGACACAAGGGUUUAUUCAGCUCUGGAUCUGCUGCUAAUUGCAAUACAUUGUAUGAUCUUUUCCGCAGGUAGAUUUUACCAAUGUUUGUUCUUUAGUAAUUCGUUGAAGAAUCGAGGAUGACGAACUUCAUCGUUUCCCUUUGUUUCAGUUUUCUUUUUCACUUUCGCUGAUCCUGUGGCAGCUUUGGAUUUGGAUUAGCUAACUGUGGAUGGAUUUUUUUUCAUUUUUCUGGUAGAAGUUCUUAGGUUUUGUGGUGAUGGAAUGCUUAAACGGUCAAUUCUUACAUAUUUCCUAUUUGUUGAAAUGAUUUUUUCUCAACGAUCCCAGCUUCUUCGAUUGUA